AUGGUUCUCUCUUGCGUCUGUGGCGAAACACGCCUCAGCGAGGCGGCUCUGAGCCGUCAUACAGUGAAUUGCGCUGCCUACAUCAACAUGAUUUCGACUCUGGGCGGCGGCGAUAAUCAAACUACUGCACCAAUUGGCCCAACACUUCCCAGUCGACAACGACGGGGCCGAGGUCGAGGCCAACGCGGAGUACCACUUGACCGCCAGGCGAUUCCGCUCACCAAUCCUGCAUCAGCAUCUCAAUCUCCACCUUCUCCUGUCAUCGAAGCAAACAUGCACAUACCGGACAUCGGGGCGAGAGAGCUGGAAGUGGAGGAGGAGUUGGUGGCUCAUCAGCCGGCCUGCGAAACACUAGGACUGCCCAACGCCGAGUUGGAGAGCCCAGCAACAGCGCCCAAUGCGAUUCCGACAACGCAAGCAUCAAGUCAGCCACCAGCGCUGGUCUUACAACCGCCUACACCUGCUGUCACUGCAACAGGUCGUCCCCAACGAACAAUCCGCCUUCCGGGACGCUAUCGCGAGGAACUGCCGACCAAUCUGGCACCAGCAGACAACUUGCCUGCCACGGCGCAACGUCAGCCUGAGCCGAUGCCCCAGCGUCGUGUUCAUCUCAUUGUUCGUGACACAUUCCGAACAGCGGUGAAUAAGUUUGGGCUCUGGCGGUCGUAUCUACACCGUCCGACAUACGACCCCGACACUCUGCUUGGUCUUGACGAUCUCUGCAACUAUUUUGCUCCCGCGAAUGAAGCUGGCGGUUUCCCGCACCAGCCCGCCAAUCUUCCGGUCCCACCAAUGAAUCGUCUCAAUACCUCAGCCUCGCUGCUGCUUGAUUGGCAGAACAACGGGCAUACCACCAAAUCGUCCGCGCAGUUAGAUUCACUGGUGUCGGAGGUGCUCUUGCAUCCCAACGCCCAUCAACGCGGUGCUCAUCCAUACUGGUAUGCUCAAGUUCUGGGCAUUCUUAAUGCAACCGUCUCCCGUGUCACUGCCACAGAUCGUACACGGCCAGUACGGAUGGAGUUCUUAUGGGUUCGUUGGUUGGGAGACCAGCCUGGAUACACCUCGGGACUUCGCGAAGGCCGUCUGCCUGUCAUGGGGUUCGUUCCCGACACCGAUCCAUAUGCAUUUGGCUUCCUGGACCCUGAGCAUGUUGUCCGUGGCGCCCACCUUAUGCCAGUAUUCCGCCGUGGCCGUACAUCAGAGCUCCUUCAAACCAAGUCAACGACCGCUGCCCGAUUCCCAAACGAGACAAGUGACUGGGAAGCUUUUUACGUUGGCAUUUUUGUCGAUCGUGACAUGGUGAUGCGAUACGUGGGUGGUGGGAUAGGACAUUUGGAUGCAGGGCAUGGUGAGCUCACAGUCGAGGAUCAGGAAGACGACCCCAACGAGAGUGUUGAGGGCAUUGCGGAAAACUCGGACUCAGAUGAUAACAUCAGCGGCUCUGACUCUGACGAGUCGCGGGAAUCUGACUAUGAUUCCGAUGAGAAGAUGGCAGAUUUCAAUGAGGAGGAGGAGAGUGAUUCUGAAAUGGAAGUAGAUUCUUCAAGUUGA